CUUUCUUCUCAUUUCCACUGCAAAUAUUCAAGCUAGGAGUCCAAUAAUUCUUUUUUGGCAGGAUGUCUGGAGAGAAUCACGCCUCCAUGGGAGCGUCCAGUCAGCUCAUUAUAAGACAGAAUCCCAAUUCCAACGCCAACACGGCUCUUGUCAAUGCUGUUCCCCGUACGAGUCGACUUGAUGCUCCGAUCAUGCAAUUGACUGGACACUCUGCGGAAGUUUAUAGCGUGCAAUUUGACCCCACGGGUCAACAUAUUGCUUCUGGAUCAUUUGAUAGAACUAUCCUCCUUUGGAAUGCGUACGACGGGUGUAAGAACUAUGGCGUUCUGACUGGCCACAGUGGUCCUAUUAUAGACCUAAAAUGGUCGCGCGACUCGAAAACCCUAUAUUCUGCGUCGGCGGACAUGACAAUCGGCAACUGGGAUGUGGAGACUGGCCAAAAGGUCCGCACCCACAUUGGGCAUGAAGGGGUCAUUAACUCCCUCGAUGUUACUAAGAGAGGCCAGGAGCUUCUGCUGACUGGGAGCGAUGAUGGCUACGUGGGAAUAUUCGACCCGCGUAUCAAGCAGGGUGUCGGCUACUUGGAAUCAAAGCUUGACCUUCCCGUUCUCGCCGUCGCAUUUUCGGAAUCGGGGAAUGAAAUUUACAGCGCGGGCGUGGAUGAGACUAUCCAAGUUUGGGAUCCCCGCAAGAAGGAAAUCGUUUACACCAUGACCGGUCAUACAGAUAAGGUUGUGUCGCUCGAGAUCUCUCCCGACUCUCAGACCUUGGUUUCAAACUCUCAUGAUGAGACCGUGCGCACGUGGGACAUCCGCCCUUUUGCGCCGGCAAAUCGUCAACUUAAGACCUUUUAUGGUGCCGUCUGCCCGGUGGAGCAGAAUCUUAUACGCACAAGCUGGGAUCCCAGUGGCGAGAGGAUUGUGGCCGGGAGUGGUGACGACAAUGUUAUCAUCUGGGAUGCGAAGUCCGGGAGGAUCCUCUACAAGCUUCCGGGACACAAGGGAACCGUUAACGACGUGAGGUUCUCUCCCGUCGGUGAACCUAUCAUCGCCUCUGCUUCGACGGACUGCUCCGUAAUGCUCGGUGAACUCGGAAAGUGAUAACUGUGAAACCAUGCUCGUUCGCUCAUGAACGUCUAGGGUUUGCGCAAGGAGUUCGUUUCCUUUGGUGUGAAAAGUGUUGAUUCAUUGUCCACUUAGCUGUUCUAAUGGCGAGGCGUCUCAUGGUUUAAACUGUUAUUAAAAAGAAAGGUAACGGCACUUAUGUUUAUAUAUGAACUCGGUCAUGGCUGGAGCAUAUACUAUGGAGUUAUGGAGAAGGGUGUUUUUUUUUUUAAAAAAAAACCGAAAAUAACCUGGGAGGAGUAAUUGGUAUCAGUGCAUAAUGAUAAUAAAUCGAGGCUCACCUCUAUUGACAGGGUCCAUCUCCUUCACCUGUAGGCGCGUAAUGAUUGAAGCAGGGAAGAUUAAGGGCUCAAUGGAUCCCUAACCGCAAUUCCGGGGUUCGGCUGUAAAUCCGAAAGCUUGACGGCUCCAUAUUUUCUUCUGAUUUUUGGAUUCUUUGGAGCAUUAUUU